GAGAGAGAGAGAGAGAGGGUGAGGUCUGACCGGCUCAGUCCGCGGAGACAGAAGCAACAACCGGGCUGUGAGGUGUUUUUCUACCGGUGUGUCAGGACGCGUGUGUCCGCCGCUGCCGCCUCUUCCUCGGUCAGAAGACAACAGCCCGAGCCGCGUGAGAUCCGGAGCGAUGGAGACCUGCCGCUGACGGAGCCCCCCCCCCGCUGCCCCCGCUGACAACAACAGGUCCGAUCCGCCGAGCCCCCCCGUCUUCACCGCAAACCUUCCACCAACGGACAAAGAGCUGGAGCCGAGACGGUCCAGCAUGGACGUGCCCCGGAUGGCUGAGGGCCUGUUCAGCAGCACGCUGUCCUCGUCCGGCGGCGGCCACCACGUGCCCUCCUACCUGACGCUGGAGCAGAAGGCCGCCUUCGUCUUCGUGCUGCUGCUCUUCAUCUUCCUGGCGCUGCUCAUCGUGCGCUGCUUCCGGAUCCUGCUGGACCCGUACCGCAGCAUGCCCUCGUCCAACUGGACAGACCACACCGAGAAGGACACGUUCGACUACCGCAUCGUCUGAGGAGCCCGCGCUCAGUCAGACGAUCGGGGGAAAGAGGUUUGAUUCCCUUGUAGAAGAGCGCGUUGUCCCCGACAGAACAAAUGACAGCGGAUUCACCGGGCGCUCCCUGAACCCUCCGGAGGUUUCGGAUCCGACACCAGAGCUCAACAGCUUCUCCCUGCCAAAUCGAAUCAACUCUACCAAGACAACCAGAACUGUGCUGUGAAGAUUAUUGAUCCAUCUUCCACCAGCCUCU